ACAAUCGAUACUACGGAAGUGCCUCUUGCAGGCUGCCUGCCUGGAGAGGCUCCCUUCAACGGCAGCGAUAAAACUGUAUUCAGCACUUAAACCGACCCCGUUAGACGGCUGGGGAGGAUACUAUUAACGUGUAUGGCUAAACACUCUAUCACCGCGGGUUGACUUGCUGUAGGUAGCGUAUGUGGGUGCAAGUUUAAAUCGGUCCCGUAGUUGCUAAUCUGGUCGAGAUGUCCGCUUUUUCCGAGGCUGCCUUAGAAAAAAAACUCUCGGAGCUCAGUAACUCUCAGCAAAGUGUUCAGACGUUAUCGCUGUGGCUUAUUCAUCACAGAAAACACUCGAAGACCAUCGUCAGCGUUUGGUUCAACGAACUAAAGAAAGCUCAGGUAUCACGCAAACUGACCUUCCUUUACCUGGCCAACGAUGUCAUACAAAACAGCAAGAGAAAAGGACCAGAGUUCACGCAGGAUUUUGCUCCAGUUAUCAUCGACUCAUUCAAACACGUAUUCAGGGAGGGUGAGGAGGGCUGUAAAAAACAGUUGGGUCGGGUUUUGUCCAUCUGGCAGGAGCGAGCCGUUUAUGAGAAUAAUUUGCUGGAACAGCUCUCGCAAGUCCUGUAUGGAGAGAAAAAGCCUAAAAAGAGGUCAUAUGAGGAGAUCCAUCCAGAUGUCGAAGACUUUGGUUCCCAGUCCUCUCCAGCUGGGCCUCCUCAGACAGCCGAGUUAAUCCGAGCUCUGCAGGAGCUGGAGAAUGCAGCCUCUAGUGAUUCAAAGCUCCGUCAGCGCAUCUCGUCCCUUCCUGCUGAAGUACAGGACACAUCACUGCUUCAUAGGAUCACAGAUAAAGAAUCAGGUGAGCGGCUUUCCCGGCUGGUUGAGGAGGCCUGCAUGUUGCUGGCAGACUACAGUGGUCGUCUGGCGGCCGAGAUUGAUGAUCGGAGGCAGCUCACACGCACACUAACAGCCUUUUUACAAAGCCAGAAGGACGGCUUAGCCCACAACGAGCAGAAACUAGAAGAGUAUAAGCGGAAACUGGCGAAUGUCACGCAAGUCCGAAAGGAGCUGCGCUGCCGUUUGAACAGUCUUCCGACUGGACUCUACAACUCGACAAACUGAAGAUUCCACCCGCCUCCCUGAGCCUCCGGACUCACCAGCCUCUUACAGAAACCUCUGUUCUGUCACUUCAAUGUUUUUGAUUGCAGACAUUUCUUUUGAUUUCAGGGAAGCGUUCGCGUCCCUGUGGUUUACGUUCUGACUCCGGCAUCUUAUUUGUCCACAUGAGCUCAUAUCUUUGGCCUGUAUGUAGUUACGCAGUGUUCCCUGAUGCCUUCACCAUACUCAUCAUGCUGUGGAUGAGGCUGGUGUGGUAUUUUUGUAUUUGUAGUGACAUGAUCAUGCACCAGCACAUAGUGUGGCAGUAUUCUGACUUCUAACAGUCUCUUUUACUCCUUUAGCUUGUAUUAUAAUUGCCCUCAGUUUUUAAUGCAGUGUGACCUUUAUAAAAGAAUAAUACAGAAAUCA